AUGUUCGAUGCAGCUUUUGUCGAGUCCGUGUCGGAGUUCAAUGCCUUCAUGCCGACGCGUGCAGCGUCGGCGUGUCUUCAUCCAGUUACAUCCACGGAGGUUGCGAGACGCAGCGCGUCACUACUCGUCGAGAUCAUUACCAUGAUCAACCACAGCGACAGUAGCUUGACUCAACAGUAG